CAUUGUCUCCCAGCUUCGCCACCUCACCCGCCUCCCCUCCAACUCCAUCCUCCUCAUCGAUAAUUUCACCGUCGACGGAUCCCACAUCACUCACCCAGACAUCUUCCUCAACUCUGCCUUCGCCGUGCUUGGGGUUGAUAGGGUGCUCAACUACUCCAUUCUUGCUCUCACCAGAUAGCGAUAAUGAAUCUUUCGGUACGGUAUCAUACCAUACCAAAAACUACGGUAUACCGAAAAAACGGUAUUUUCGGUAUUUUUUCGGUACGGCUUUAUGUUAUCUACCACAAUAAACAACAGUCACCUGAUCUUAGCCAACUCCUUUUUGGUGGCAAUGAUGGCUUCCUUGAGAACUUCGUCUAUGCAAAUGCUAUCUUCCGAUCUGGUGGGUGGCUUCAAACACCGACACUGACUACGGCGCCGCGGGGGUUCGUUGUCGAGACGCAAAGCAACCGUAGUUGUGCAAUAGUCAAAAAAGCAGGGAGCAAUCCACGGUCUCAAAAGCAACGCCACGUCAAAAAUUCAAACAAAUUCCUCCAUUCCUCAAACUCAAUCAAUCACAUUGAAUCCACAAAGAUGUUGAUUCCAGCAUCAACAGCCUUGAUCAUCAUACUCACACACUUCUCCUCCUCCGCAGCCGCAGCCUCCCUCUGCCGAACCUUCUGCAACAACAUCCCCAUCCGCUACCCCUUCGGCAUCGACGACGGCUGCGGCGCCGCCCCCUUCCGCCGCAUGCUGAACUGCUCCACCGCGGCCGGGCUCUUUUUCCUGACCCCCUCCGGGUCCUACAAGGUGCAGAGCAUCGACUACGGCAAGAAAACGGUGGUGCUCUACGACCCAUCCAUGUCGACGUGCUCCAUCCUGCAGCCCCACCGCGACUUCCUCAUCACCGACAUCCAGUCCGCCACCAUCCCCCCCUCCCCCGACACGCUAUUCCUCCUCCUCAACUGCUCCCUCGACUCCCCCCUCCUCAACCGCUACCGCUACCUCUGCUCCUCCAACUUCUCCGCCCACUCCUGCGAUGAGCUCUACGCCACCUGCACCUCCUUCAAGCUCUUCCACAUGCUUUCCAACUCCACCGCCUCGCCCCCUUGCUGCUUCACCACCUACGACACCCUCAGGUACAUGAGCAUGAACAUAUUGGACUGCUCGCAUUAUACGAGUGUGUACAAUGUGGAUGCGCUAAAGGGGGUGGGGCCCCUUGACUGGCUGUAUGGGAUCAAGCUGUCGUAUAGCUUGCCUGAUUUGGGGUGCGACCGUUGCUCUAAAUCUGGGGGAGUUUGUGGCUUUGAUGUUGACACUCAAGGCUUCACUUGCAUUUGCUCUUUCACCACUAAUGCUACAACAGACUGCGGGGGUUCUUAUGUAAACAGAGGAGGAAAGAGUAAUGGAACGCCUUCAGUUGUGGGAGUAGCUGUGUUGAUUUGCAGAGCUUUAUUUUUGUCCUUGCCAACUUUGUAAUACGUUACUUCAAAUUUUAUUCUAGUGCGGCAUAAAUGAUUGAGAUGGAUACAUUAGCCUUUGAGGCAA